CUCAGUCGAGAAGCACCAGAAGUUGCCCUCGGACUAUCAAACGGACCAUCCAGAGCAUCAAUAGUUUUUCUGGUGGUAUUGCUUUACCAAAUAGUCAACAAUCCCCGACUUGGCCCGACAGAGCAAACCAUGUGCCUACCGUUAGCCCAGCUGAUCCUCCCGCCUUGCUAUAAAACAUUGGACUAGCUGGACAAAUGCUUCCUGGAAGCCCUCUCGUUCAAGACUUCCAGUCUCCACUCCCAGGAUUCUGCUCCGGCCCCUGGGAACCUAAACUUGUUAUUGUGACCUUUACCAUUAAAACAACACUAUUGAGACCCAGAACCAUCGUGUGCCAGGUUUCUCAAACCUCAACCGAUUGCACCACUAGUCUAUGCAUGCAGUAUUUCGUAAUUGCUCGAAGACAGCUACAGUAUGGUUUAAAAUGGAACCUUCGAUACCUUGGCCGCAUGCCCGCCCAGAACCUGAGACUUCUUGUCACCUACCACAUUCGAGCAAAGCCAAGGCUGCCAAGACCGGUCGUCGAUGCCCUCGUCCUCCACGGUCCAGAAAUCCAAACUAUCUUUGCCUAUCCCGGAAAACCAGCCAAGAUGUGGAGUUUCAUCCCUCCCUCCCGCGAGUUGUCACAAGUUCCGCAGUACCUAUUCAAGUCUUCCGCCUUCACAAUCCUCCAGCAGAAGUGUGACAUUCACGGCCGCUGGCUGUAA